AUGGGAUUUGGAUUAGGAUUAGGGUUUCAUCAAAAAAUCAUUUUUGCAUUUCUUGUUGUGUUCUUGGGGAGUUCUAAAUCAACACUGCCAAUUGGGAUUACAAGCAGAAGAUCCAAUUAUUACAAAUCAAUCAAAAUCGUCGAUCCAUCGGGGCAUGGCAAUUUCAGAACCAUCCAAGAAGCCAUUGAUUCUGUUCCUCCAUACAGCCAAGGUCCAUGGAAUUGUAUAUACAUCAAACCAGGGAUUUACAGGGAACAAAUAAAGAUUCCUUACAACAAGCCCUUCAUAUACCUUAAAGGGGCAGGAAAGAAGAAGACAUUUGUGGUUUGGGAUGCACACGAUUCCAUCUCUACAAGUGCCACUUUCACUUCCGAUGCACAAUACACUUUUGCAAAGUCCAUUACAUUUGUUAAUUCUUACAAUAAUCCAGCAGGAGAUGGGAAGAAGAGGCCAAUGAAGGCAGCAGUGGCAGCACUGAUAAAUGGCGACAAAUCGGCGUUCGAUCGGUGUGGGUUUUUGGGGCUUCAGGACACACUUUGGGAUGCCAAUGGCAGACAUUAUUUCACCCGUUGCACUAUUCAGGGUGCCGUCGAUUUCAUCUUUGGAGCUGGACAGUCUAUUUACCAGGAUUGCACCAUAUCAGUGACAGGUAGAGCUCUAAAUGGAGGCAUUGGUUUUAUUACAGCACAGGCAAGAUCGGGUCAGUGGGAGUCGAAUGGAUUCGUAUUUAAAGAAUGCCGAAUCGUCGGGAAUGGGCAGACCUAUUUGGGAAGGCCUUGGAGGGACUACGCAAGAGUAUUGUUUUACAACACGACCAUGUCGCGCGUAGUUGUUCCUCAAGGAUGGGAUUCAUGGCUUCUCUUUGGUCGCGAGAAUAGGUUGACUUUUGCGGAGUAUGGAUGUCACGGGGAGGGGGCGAAUACUACGCGACGAGUGCCUUGGUUAAAGACGUUGAGCAAGAGAACGUUGACGCACUUGACAAAUAUAUCAUUUAUUGACGAUCCAGGUUGGAUGAGCAUGCUCCCCCUCAAACCAUUGCAUUGUCGACUCAAUUAAAUUAUAUUAAUUAUGGAUUCAUUCAUCCAUCCAUUUGAUUU